AUGCAGAUGGAGGUCACCGUGAUCCCUCCCGACGGGCCCCCACGUCGAAGGAGUGUGGGCAGGCGGUUCUCCAAUUUCACCACUCUGCACCAGAAGCUUCAGGAGGAGCUGGGGCCGGCCACGCUGACUGCCUUGGACCCGCCACCCAAGAAGACGCUUGCCUGGGUCAAUCAGCGCCCCGACCUCAUAGAGCAGCGGCGGUGGGAGCUGGAGCAGUGGCUCUGGCGUCUGACGGAGGUCCCCUCCAUCGCCAACUCCUCGGCCAUGUAUGCCUUCUGCGAGCUGGACACCACCGCCCGUGCCGUCACCAGGGGCGAGGCCCGGCACCGACUGCGCAUGACGCUGCACGUGGAAGAAAGGGCGAGGCUGUCUGCGAUGGUGGAGACGCUGCGACGUGCCCUCGUCACUGCUCACGCCGAUCUGCACGACGCGGCACGCUGCAUCCAGACGGACCAGGCGGCGAUCGCAAGCCUGGCAGCCCAGGUGGCCGAGCGUGGAGGCGGAGGUGCCGCUGAUGACGAUGUAGAGGCGGUGCGAGCCGAGUUGGAGACCGAGCGGCGCCAGCGCCGUGCAGCAGAAGACGCCCUGAGGGAGGAAAGGGCGCGCCUGACCGCGAGAGCGGCGGAGGAUGCGGCGGCAGGUAGAACGGCGCUGGAGGCCGAGUUGAGGAUGCAGCGGACCACCGCCGAUGCCGCAGCCGAGGCCUCUGCUUCGGCGCUGGAAGAGUGCGAGGGCCGGCUCCGGGCGCAGACCCAGGCGGCGGCGGCAGCCGCCGCCAAGGCGAGGGCCGACCAGAAGCUGCUGGCGCGGGAGAUCAAGUCGCUGCGGGCCCGCGUCUCCGAGCUGGAGGGUCGGCGGGCUGGAGGAGGGGCGGAUGUCGCUUGGGCGGCCACGGCGGCGCCGCCAGUAAUUCCGCAGGCCGCCGCUUCCGACGCCAGCCCCGAGGCAUCGGAGGCUUCAGACUCGGCCGUGGCGGCCGCGCUGGGCGCGCUGCGAGCCGAGCUAGGGCGCUGCUCCCUGGACGAUUGCGUCUGCGCGGAGGACGUGUGUGCCGUGGAGGCGCGGCUGGCGACCUUCCGGAAACGGCUGGAGGCGGAGCGGGCGUCGCUUGCGGGGUGCGCAGGCCCCCGGGCCCCCAGCUCGCGCCAGCUGGCGGACGUGUCCCUGUCGCUGACGCACGACGCCGCGGCGGCUCUGACGCGGUCGGCGGCGCUGCUGCGCGGGGCGCUGGGGAUGGCCAGCGCCAUGCAGGGGCUGGAGGAGAGGGUGACCACGCCCGCCCUCAGCCCCACCAAGCAGCCUGGGUCCGGCGAGGGACACGCAAACGGGCAGGCAAGCCUCAUCUGA